AUGUCAACGAGAUCCAAGUCCAAGCAAGAGGAAGCUUUACAGUUCCUCGAUGACCUCGACUCCCUUUCUCCAGACGUUCCAGCUAGUGGAAGCGCAUCCACCGCAGCACCCAGUCCAGCGAAUCCGGGCGAAGCAGCGGAGGUGCUCGCAUUCCUUGAUGAAAUCACCCAGAAGAGCUCAGAGCCUGUACGCACGACGACUUCAUACAUUGAUCGACCACUUUCGCGGGCUGGAACUCCAACACUCCGAAAGAGCGCCGAGAGAGUCAAGGUGGGCCCGCCUUCCUCCUUAGCAGCAUCGACAUCGUCAUCUAUUAGGGGCGCGUCGCCUGCUACUUCUUCUGUCAACGUGGAAAUGCCAGCGGCGCACCAAGAACCCCAACGCUCCACGCAGUCUGGCGGUUGGGGAUGGGGCAAUGUGUGGACAAGUGCAUCAGCUGCGCUGCAGCAGGCGAAGACGGUUGUGGAUGAACAAGUAAAGCAUCUGCCGAAGCAGGAUCAAGCCCGGAAAUGGAGUGAAGGGAUGCUGGAAUACGCCAAGAACGCACAGCUAGACAAGCUCAGCCAGGACUUCAAGCGCGUCGGGCUUUCCACCCUUACAGAACUUCUGAAUGCUGUGGCUCCUCCUAUCUCCGAGCACGAGGUCAUUCAGGUAUUGCUCAGCCACGACAUGAAAGGCUACGAUGGCAUCGAGUCGCUGGUUUACAACGCUCUCACAAGAAUCAUGGAACAAGUUGAAGGUGGCGAUCUUGUUGUGAAUAAAGGAGAGGAAUCGAAGCCGAAAGAAAGCUCUGGAUCAUCAAAACGGGAGAUGAAUGCUGUCGAGGGAAUUGAACCUGCGCUGAAACUAGCCCAAGCCAAUCUUGAGGAGAUGAUCAAAAACAACAAUAACCCUCCCGCUACAGAGCCGACCUCUCUACAGAAUCCAAUCACCUAUUCAUACGUCUACCUUCGGAUACAACCAUUCACGACCCAGCUCUCGAUACCUGAACCAACGUCGACGAUAUCAUCUCAUCUUCAGUUUAUCAUCCACCUAUCUGAUCCUGCACACCAACUUGUCCACACGACUGUUACGCAGGCAGUUCCGUCCAAAUGGAUGGAUUUAUGGGAUGACUUCGACUGGGUAGAAGACCUCGUGGCGGAGGCUUUGAGAGUUGGCGUGGAAGUGGUCGGACAAGAGUAUAUUGUCACACGGAUGGGUUGGACGAAUAAGGAUAAGAACGUCAUUAAUGAAGACCAAGCGACUACGCUGGCUGCGUAG